AUGGCAGGCAUGAGGAAGCAUCACUCGGCGGGCACGCGCUGGGGAGCUACAUCUAACAUGCCUCUCGUCCGCUUCAUAACCUCAUUCUCAAGUUACACCAGAAUACAUCCUUCAAAUAAGAGUAUUUGCACUAGCACAACUGACAGCAUACUCCCAACUCGUCGCCAGAGACUUGCAGGCACAGAUUCUCUAGCUUACAUCAUCUUCGCAGUUGAACCGCAAACACAGCGAUCUUUGACAGCGGGAGAAGGCCUUGAGGUUGAAGCCACAGAAACCGGGAAAACGUCGACGUACUUUUUGGCAUACAUGCUCGUGUGGCUCUCGUAUAAAACACUUUGCAUGGCCCUUCAUAACCCAUUCUGUUUUUGA